AUGGCAGCUCUCAACCAUUUCUGUCUCUUCAUCCUCACCGUUGCUUUUGCUUCAUUCCUUUAUCUCUCCGCCGUUAACGGCCAGCACUCACCGGAAAUGGAAUCAGUAAUCAACGCAACAAACGCAAUGUCCAGCUCAGGCUACAUCACUAUGUCCGCCAUUAAUACAAAGCUUCACAAAUCUCUCUUCCAUUGGACUAAACUCAACCUCACUGGCUUCACUAUCUUCGCUCCUAUCGAAUCCGCUUUUACCUGUAAUAAUGUCUCCGGUAAGAGAGAAGCUCCGUCUUUCGAAACUGUUCUUCACUAUUCCCCUGUUUAUCUCCCUUACCGUACGCUCUGUUUUUUGACGGAAAUCCCUACUAUUUUUGUUAACAAAUAUCUCGUCGUUACUAGUGAAAUCCUUGAUUCUGAGAUCUCAAUUGGCUUCGUUAAAAUCUCUGUACCGCCGAUCUAUGAUGACGGUUAUGUCAUUAUUUACUCUGUUGAUCAAGUAUUCGACAUCAGUUUCACUAAGGAUAAAAAAGUAGUGCAUAAGAAGAGCUCAUCAAAUGGAAGUAUUACUCGAGAUCCAGAACUUUGA